AGCAGCACAACAGGAAGCCAAGCGCCGCUUGCUUCCACGGCCGGGAACUGCGCAGAUAGCCCUGACGAGGACGCCGCAGCUGCCCUGGCCUUCGCUCUGCUCGGUGGUCCUCGUGGCUGGGGCAGCAGUCAAACCGCCGUCAAUGGAAGCCAGACGGGAGCUGGAGAGCAGCCACCGACCCCAGGCAGGAAGAUGGUGUGAUGAGAGAGCCUGGUUGGCAUGGAGCUGAACCGCCCAGGAAUGUGAGGGCUGGCUGGUGGCAGACGAAAAACGCGUGGCCUGGAGUCAAGAGACUGGCACUAUCAUAGUGGGGCUGAACAGUAGCCAGGAUGGAGUCAUUCUUUGCCCAGGGAAUCAUGUGAGAUCCAGGGCUGCUGCUCUUCACUGCAUUCCUGCUCCAUAUCAAAUCGUCCAGGAUGAGUCCCACAGGGCUGGUAUGCGACAGGCGGCUAAUCCAGAAGUACAUCGCAGAAGCCACGGACUUGGAGGAACAAAUGAGACGAUGCGAGGAAUUGCCAUUGCUCAACGAACCUGUGCAGCUUCCCCUGGUGGGCUUCAAUCUCAGAGACUGGAUAAGGAAGACAAAUCAAGCCAAAGGGCAGGAAGUCCUCCACAAUCUGGGCAAGUUGGUGGAGGGCACCGCAGCUGUGCAAAAUGAGUUGCGGCAGGGAUGUGCCGUCGCACCUCUGCAGCAGCUGUACGAAAGAGCCAGCACCUUCCUCCUCCACCUACGGAACUUCAGGGGGCAGGAAGAGGGCGGUGGCGAGCAGCCAGAAGGCGCCUCCCGUGUAACUCCAGAAAGAAACCCGAAGAGGAUCUUCCAGACCUAUACUCAGCUGGUGCGAGGAAAGUUGCACUUCCUUUUCCAGGACUUGUGGAGAGACUCUUGCAGCAGAGAAGCUCCCGGGGAUGCUUAGCCAGUUUCCAGUGUGAGCACCCUGAAGGGGCAGUGAAAGAGCUGUUGGCUGUUGGGCAAAGCCACUGAGUGAGACGCAAGAGCUCUGGCGGGCCUUCAGCCAGCCAGGAGCGGAAGAGCAGGGCGGAGCAAGCCCUCGAAGUGGAACGUGGGGUCAAACCCCAUGAGAAAAGCAGAGGGAAAGAGAACUGGGAUGGCCCACAAAACAGGGAGGGGCUGAGGCUCAGUGGCAGAGCAUCUGCGUGGCACACAGAAGGUCCCAGGUUCAAUCCUCGGCAUCUCCCGUUAAAAGGAUCAGUUAAUGGGUGAUGUGAAAGACAGGCAGCUGCCAGUCUGAGUAGACAAUAUUGAUUGCGAGUCAGUAUAAGGCAAGAGAUGCCCAACAGUUUGUUUCAGCCACCUACAAAAAAAAACACUUCCGGAACCGAGUGAAUCUGGCUGUGCGCUCCGAAAGAACUUUUGCAUGCCAAUUGGGAGUCCGAUGUGGCCAGCGUUAUGGCAGGCUUUUUAAAAAAGUGGCAACGCACUCCCUGUCUGGGGGUCUGAUUGCAUUGAUCUGAACACUCAAGCCAAACCUGGGCUGCUCCCUGGCCUCAAGAUCUAAAAUUCAAUGCGCUUUCGAGCAGAGCGAUGGAGGUAGUCGCUCUCCUGCCAGAACUCCACUAAAAAAAGGCAGCCCAUUCGAGACUGAGGAAGGAGUGGUUUUCGUGGUGCGAAAUGUGACGUAUUUUGUUUCCAAAUCACGUGUUCCUUCGCCUGGGCGCUCCCCAGACCCACCUAGUUCUUCUCUCCCAAGGAAGCUGAUUAUUUUGGGAAUGAAAUUAGCGAGGACAACGACGAGCGAUUUUUCUCAGCAGAUAAUUUAGCAGAAUACAUGUGGCUGCAGCGGAAACGCCUUUUGUAUGCACGUGGUCACACCGUCCCCGUUUGGCUGCGUGGAUGCCUUUUGGCUCUACUCUCACCCCUCUGCAAGAGAUCCUUUUGUCUUCCGAUACUGACUGAGGUCCAGGCGAUGAUUGAGAGACAUGCAGACCAGUAAUGCUUCUGAAUAUCUGGGACUCGUCAGAGAUCCCCAACAGCGGCAAUUUGAAUUCCAUAAUGGAGGACAGGCAGCCUAUAAAUGUAAAGCUUGCAUGGUAUAGUGGCUAGAAGGAUCUCCCAGAUUCGGAUCUGGGUGAUCAAUGUUCAAAUUCCCACCCGGUUGUUACAUUCCUCUGGUAACCUUGGGCCUGUCUCUCCCUUAGAGCCAAGCUACAAGU